AAUUAAUGGCUGCCUCAGAAUCAGAAUCAGAAUCAUAAUCAUAAUCGUCGUCGUUUCAUUGCAUCAAGAGAGAUGGUCACAUUACCUUCAAAACGCAGAAUUUCCGUUGUGCUCUUCAGUCUUAGCUCUAUUCCAUCAGCCCCCUUCAAUUGCCAAACCACUUUCUCUUCGCAUUUUCCAGUGAAAAAAUCUGGAAGUGAUCGCUGUCUCUCAAGUGUGAUCACUAAUUCAAGAAUAUUGUAAAUUGUUCCCCGUCAAAUUAUAUAACUACCCUCCUGGUCGCCGAGCACGUUCACCCAAAUCGGCUUUCUUGAUGGGCAAGAAGCAGCACUUGGAUUGGGCAUCGCGGUCCAUCAUGUCCUCUGGCAGUGAAAGAGUUUCUCUCUUGAAUAAAGAGCCACGGAGGAGGGCAAAUGAGAAUGGGUCAGAUGAUGGUCCUAUCACAGAUCUUGAGCAUGGAGAUUCUAUACAGGCUGCGCCCGUGGGAUUUGGCAGAAUAUUUCUGCUGGCAAAGCCAGAUGCCGGAAAGCUAAUUGUUGGCACUAUUGCACUUCUAAUAGCAUCCACAACAAAUAUUCUCAUUAUAAAAUAUGGUGGAAUGAUAAUAGACAUCGUAUCGAGAGAUAUAAAGUCUCCUGAUCAGCAGGCUGAGGCUCUGGAUGCUAUCAAGAACACUGUAGUAGUUAUUCUUCUGAUUGUAGUCGUUGGUUCUCUGUGGACAGUACUUCGGGUAUGGUUGUUUUCUUCCGCAAGUGAAAGGGUUGUCGCUCGUUUGAGGAAGGACUUAUUUAGUCACCUUAUCCAGCAAGAAAUAGCCUUCUUUGAUGUUACUCGGACAGGAGAACUUCUGAGCAGGCUAUCUGAAGACACCCAAAUUAUAAAAAGUGCUGCAACAACCAACCUUUCUGAGGCUCUUCGUGAUGUAACUACAGCAGCUAUUGGAAUGGGCUUCAUGUUCUCUUCAUCCUGGAAGUUAACAUUGUUGGUCCUGGCUAUUGUACCUGUUGCAUCAGUUGCUGUGCGCAAAUUUGGGCGUUGUGUUCGUGACCUUUCACAUAAAACUCAAGCUGCUGCUGCAGUAGCUUCCUCAAUAGCAGAGGAAUGUUUUGGGGCCAUUCGAACUGUAAGGUCUUUUGCCAAAGAAGAUUAUGCAAUUUCAAUUUACUCAGAGAAAGUCGAUGAGACCCUAAAGCUUGGACUUCAACAAGCCAAAGUAGUCGGUCUGUUUUCUGGAGGGCUAUAUGCAGCCAUAACUUUAUCUGUUGUCACAGUAGUCAUCUAUGGUGCUUACCUGAGCAUAAUGGGCUCCAUGACUUUAGGAUCUCUGACAUCCUUCAUUCUUUAUAGCUUUACAGUUGGGUCUUCUGUAUCCUCAUUAUUAGGAUUGUAUACAACUGCAAUGAAAGUCGCAGGAGCUAGUAGAAGAGUUUUCCAGCUUCUAGAUCGUGAGUCAACCCUGCCAAGACCAGGAGAUAAAUGCCCCACUGGGAAUCCAGAUGGUGAUGUGGAACUGGAUGAUGUUUGUUUUGCUUAUCCUUCUAGGCCUAGUCGUAUGAUCCUAAAGGGUAUAACUUUAAAACUAAGCCCUGGUUCGAAAGUCGCCCUGGUUGGCCCAAGUGGUGGAGGAAAAACCACAAUAGCCAACUUGAUUCAGAGGUUUUACGACCCUCUCAGUGGAAAGAUUACCCUAAAUGGGGUUCCCCUUGUGGAAAUUUCUCACAAAUAUUUACACAAUAAGAUCAGUAUAGUGAGCCAGGAGCCUGUUCUUUUCAAUUGCUCUGUUGAGGAAAACAUUGCCUAUGGAUUUGAUGGGAAACCCAGCGAAGCAGACAUAGAAAAUGUUGCUAAAAUGGCAAAUGCCCAUGAUUUCAUAGAAGCAUUGCCUAAAAAAAAUCAAACUGUUGUUGGAGAACGGGGUUUAAGGUUAUCAGGAGGCCAAAAACAAAGAAUAGCAAUUGCAAGAGCUCUACUGAUGAACCCAAGAGUCCUACUAUUGGACGAGGCCACAAGCGCUCUGGACGCUGAAAGUGAAUUCCUAGUGCAGGAUGCUAUGGACUCCCUUAUGAGUGGCAGGACUGUACUGGUUAUAGCUCACAGGCUUUCAACUGUGAAAAGUGCAGACUUGGUGGCCGUCAUAUCUGAUGGUCAGAUUGCAGAGAGGGGCAAACAUGAGGAGCUCCUCGCCAAAAAUGGUAUUUACACUGCACUGGUAAAGAGGCAACUACAAGGACCUAGAGCUGAAUUUUAACGCCACAAAGCACUUAAUAAUGGAUGACGAAUGCAAUUUUAUCAGGAAGAGAGAGUAGAGUGUGAGUAAACAACAUUCAUGUGUCAUAUUUGGUUUAUCCACCGAUCCUUGAACAGUGCUUGCUCUAUGGAACUUUUGAUUUACUAACUUUUGAUUUACUCCAAAAAGAUUAUCGGUGAGAAUAUAAAAUAGUGUUCUCUUUAUGUUUUA